AUGGCUGCUGGUAAUAUCACUUAUGUCACUGAAUUCAUUCUCAAAGGAAUUACAGACCGGCCAGAACUCCAGGCCCCAUGUUUUGUGAUAUUUUUAGUCAUCUCUCUGGUCACAGUUCUGGGGACCAUUGGAUUGAUUAUCUUAAUCAGGAUUGACACUCGACUCCACACACCUCUGUACUAUUUCCUCAGUCACCCGGCCUUUGUAGACCUUUGUUACUCCUCUGCCAUUACCCGGAAGAUGACGGUGAACUUUGUUGUGGAACAUGACACUAUUCCUUUGCAUGCUUGUGCAGCACACCUGGGCUGCUUUCUUACCUUCAUGAGCACCGAGUGUUUCCUUUUAGCCUCUAUGGCGUAUGAUCGCUAUGUAGCCAUCUGUAGUCCUCUGCAUUAUUCACUACUGAUGUCAGAAAGAGUCUGCAUUCAAUUAGUGACCGUUCCAUAUAUAUAUAGCUUUCUAGUCGCCCUCUUCCAUACCAUUGUCACCUUCCGUCUAACUUAUUGUGGCCCCAAUGUAAUUAACCAUUUCUACUGCGAUGACCUUCCCCUCUUAGAUCUGUCCUGUUCAGACACACACGUGAAGGGAAUUCUGACCUUUGCUUUUGCUGGCUUUGAUACGAUCUGUUCCUCUUCGAUUGUACUCAUCUCUUACAUCUUUAUCAUUUCCGCCAUCUUAAGGAUUCGCUCCACCCAGGGGCGACGCAAGGCCAUCUCCACCUGUGGUUCCCAUAUGGUGGCUGUCACAAUUUUCUAUGGCACACUAAUCUUUAUGGGCCUACAGCCUAAAUCAAACCACUCCCUGGACACAGACAAAAUGGCUUCCGUCUUUUACAUGGUGGUGAUCUCCAUGUUGAACCCUCUCAUCUAUAGUCCAAGGAACAAGGAGGUAAAAGAAGCCUCGAAGAAAGCCUGCAAUAAAGGUUGUGAAGCUUUAAAGAUGUUGCAAUUAGGAAAAUAAUUACAAAAAUACUUUGUUAACUGAAAGUAGGGAAAGAAGUCUCUUGCUUAUAUUUCUUAUAAUUCUUUCCUGACUUUAAAUGUGACUGUUAUUUCCACAGACAUUGUCAU